AUGUCCCCAAACUCCCAGGGGGAAUUUCGAAAUUGGUAUCUGCGCGGCGUCUUCGACUCGUCCUUAGACGAUGUCGUGCACAAUGACUUGGGUACUCCCACGCGGUUCCUCUCGUACAUCAAUCAGAUCCCGCCUCAGCGUCAACAUUCGCCUCCUCUUCCUCCUCCUCUUCCCUCGUAUGAGCCUUUGCUUUAUACCCUCCUGUGGAGGCCGCUUUCUCCUCCUCGUGACAUGCAUCAUGUUCCGCACACGCUGUUCACGGCACACGUCACCUCGACAGCUCCAGACACACCCAAACACACUCUGCUCGCAUAG